AUGUGGUCACGUGGUCUGAUGUUGGUGGUUGUACUGGUCUGUGUAGCGAUCGAGACGUCCCAAGCGGCAUCUGAAUGGAACCAGGCGACACAAGACUUCAUUGUCAAGCUUCACAACGAUCGGAGGAGGCAGGAGGGCGGGUGUCACAUCAAUAAACUAGAAUAUGACCAAGAUUUGGAAAACCAGGCCAGGCAAUGGGCGGAGAGAUGCGUCUUCAAGCACGAGCUGAAAGAAGGCAGGGGAGAAAACCUGGCCUGGAAUACCAACAAACUGAGCGAGAAUGAGUUAAUCAAACAUGCCGCCGACGCCUGGUUCAACGAAAAACAGAGAUACAGUUACGGGCAGAACAGCUGUGGUAGCAGUGCGGCUUGUCAUUACACACAGAUGGUGUGGGGAACUACAAACAAGGUUGGAUGCUACAGUACCAGAUGUGGUCAGUUGUCCGGAGCUGCCCCCAAUGCCUGGUACCUGGUCUGUUUCUACACUCCCAAAGGAAACUGGAACGGCGAGAAACCGUACGAGAAAGGCUGUUCCUCUCCAUGCUUGGAAGGCCAGACUGUAGACAACGGACUCUGCGCUGGAGAACCCGUUCAAGCAAAGAACCAAGGACCAGACGAAGGCGAUUGUGACGACGAGGUUGGGAGCUGUGCUCUUUGGGCAAGCAAUGGCCAGUGUGAGACCAAUCCCAAGUACAUGAAAGUCCAUUGUCUAAAGUCUUGUAAAAUGUGUGUAAGCGAAGAAGAAUGCGAAGAUCUACAUUCUAAUUGUUCUGUGUGGGCCAAAAGCGGGCAGUGUCAAAGCAACCCCUCAUAUAUGAAUCAUAACUGCAAGAAAUCUUGUGGAAAAUGCUAA